GCUAUCAGAGAGCUGCUCAGUACAGAGGAUCAUAAUUAUAAGUUUAAUCACGGAGAGCGACAGGACCACGAUCGUUACGUUUUGUAACGGAAUGACCGUGAAUUAGCAGCGCCGCUAGCAGCUCGUUUCUUCGAAGAGAAAAGCAGAGAAGCUGGUCAGAGAUCUGAGCUGCAGCAUGAGGAGUCUGAACAACCGGGCCGAGAGCCACCUGACGGGCCGAGCCGAGUCCGAGCUGGACGCCAUGACGGACGGAGGCUGGGUGAACCACGGCUACUGCGGCUCCCCUGGACCGCUGGUCAGCACCAUCUACAGCCCCCAGCCGGCCUCCAUGGACCGGGACUACAAACUGGACCGCAUCCGGGAUGAACCGGGUAGCUCCGACCAGAGUCCGGUGAAGAAGACAAGAGGCUGCUGCAGCUUUAUCAAAGCGUUUUGGGGAACAGCUUGGACCGAAAACACGUCCAACAACAGGGAGAAGUUCAUCCGCACCACUCUGAGGGAGCUGCUGGUCUACCUGGUGUUCCUGCUGGAUGUUUGUCUCUUGACCUACGGUAUGACCAGCUCCAGCAGCUAUUAUUUCACCAAAGCCAUGACGGAUCUGUUUGUGGGCUCGGCCAGCCAAAAUGGAGUCACGUUUCAGACCAUUGGCACCAUGACCGACUUCUGGGACUUCGCCCAGGGUCCGUUACUGGACGGGCUUUACUGGACCAAGUGGUACAACAACCAGUCCCUGGACAGCGGAGACCAGUCGUUCAUCUACUAUGAGAACAUGCUGCUCGGAGUUCCCCGGAUGAGGCAGAUUAAGAUUAAGAACAACUCCUGCAAAGUCCAUAAAGACUUCAAAGAUGAGAUUGGCGAAUGCUUUGAUGUCUACAACGAGAAGAAGGAGGACGACCUCAGCUUUGGCCUCAUCAACGGCUCUGCGUGGUGCUACCACACAGAGAAAGACAUCAAAGGUUCCUCCUACUGGGGCCUCCUGUCCACCUACAGCGGAGCCGGGUUCUACCAGGACCUGAGCCGGACCAAGGAGGACAGCGCCAACAUCCUGGCAGAACUGAUAGACAACCUCUGGCUGGACCGAGGAACCAGGGUGGUUUUCAUCGACUUCUCAGCCUACAAUGCAAACAUCAACAUGUUCUGUGUCGUCAGGUUGGUGGUGGAGUUCCCAGCGACCGGCGGCGCCGUCCCGUCCUACCAGAUCAGAACCGUCAAACUGAUCCGCUACAUCACCCACUGGGACUACUUUGUCCUCGGCUGCGAGUUGGUUUUCUGCGUGUUCAUCCUCUACUACAUCGUGGAGGAGAUUCUGGAGCUGCGGAUACACAAGUUUGCCUAUUUCAAAAGCAUCUGGAACAUCCUGGACAUACUGGUCAUACUGCUCGCCAUCGUUGCGAUUGUCUUCAAUGUCUUCCGGACCAUCAAAGUGGAUAAUCUGCUCGGGUCGCUGCUGGAACAGCCGGAUUUAUACGCCGAUUUUGAAUUCCUGGCUUUCUGGCAAACCCAGUAUAACAACAUGAAUGCUGUGAAUUUGUUCUUCGCCUGGAUCAAGAUUUUCAAAUACAUCAGCUUCAAUAAGACGAUGACGCAGCUGUCCACCACGCUGGGCCGAUGCGCCAAAGACAUCCUGGGCUUCGCCAUCAUGUUCUUCAUCGUCUUCUUCGCCUACGCGCAGCUUGGAUACCUGCUGUUUGGAACCGAGGUCGAAUCUUUCAGCACUUUCGUCAAGUGCAUUUUCACGCAGUUCCGGAUAAUUCUCGGCGACUUCGAUUACGACGCAAUCGACCGCGCAAACCGAGUCCUGGGGCCCAUUUACUUCAUCACCUACGUGUUUUUUGUUUUCUUUGUCCUGCUGAACAUGUUCCUGGCCAUCAUCAAUGACACUUACUCGGAGGUCAAAGAGGAGCUGUCGUCUCAGAAGGACGAGCUGCAGAUUACUGACCUCAUCAAACAGAGCUACAUGAAGACUUUCAUGAAGCUGAAACUAAAAAAGGAGAAAAUAUCAGACGUUCAGAAAGCUCUACAGUCCGGAUCUGGAGAAAUCGAAUUCAGGGAUUUCAGAGAGACUCUUAAAGAGAUGGGUCAUGAAGAUAAAGAAAUAUCCGCAGCUUUCUCACAGUUUGACCGAGACGGGAACCAGGUUCUGGACGAGGACGAACAAACGAGGAUGAAAAUCGAACUGGACGGAAAACGGGAUGCUCUUAACUCUGAGCUGAACAACUUGGGAAAGAACUUUGGAAACGAGUUUCCGGCGAGUCGGUCGGCGUCAGACGAUGAAAAAAGUCGAGGCUUCGUGGCGCAGGAACAGUUCCUCUGGCUGAGCAGGCGGGUUCUGCAGAUGGAAACGUCGAUGGCGGCGCUCACAUCCAGGAUGGACCUGGUCACGGAGAAACUGGGAUUAACGGGAAACAACAGCGACUGACCUCCCUCACUGACGUCUCAGAUGUGAUGAACCUGCUGGAAGCCGCCGCCUGAAAACAUGUUAGCGCCAGCAGGUUGUCAUGGAAACAUGUAAAUACUGUAGUAAUGAUGGCGAAUGUGUCGCCUACCAGCUACCUGACUGCAGGAGAACGAUGGCGCAUCAGGACCAGAUGAAGAGGAAGAAGAAAAGGAAGAGUAAAUUUCAUCCAGAAAACUCAGAAAUUUUAAGAUUAAUCUCCAGAAUUUUCAAGGUUAUGGAAAUUUCAAAAAUAUUUGAUUUUUGAAAAUUUUCCGUGUUUGAAAAGUCAAAAAAUUAUUAGUCAAUAAUAGGUAAUUUUAAAUUAAAUUCAAAUUUUGAGAUUUAUUUCAGAAAACUUGGAAAACAAGCCCAAAAAGUGCAAAUCUGUCAGUUUCAAAAGUCAAAAAUUUUCAAAUUUUGGAAAUUUUCUGACUUUGAAAAGUCUAAUUUUGACUGAAAAAACCCUGAAAUUUUGAAAUGAAAAAUUUCUGAGAUAAAAAAGUCAAUUUUUUUAAUCGGAAAUUUCCAGAAUUUUUUUUUUGAAAUGUUUGUUUUAAAAGUUUAAAACAUUUUGACUUUUGGAAAUUUUUUUAGCUUGAAAAGUCAGAAAUUUUCUAGAAAAAAAAAUUCCCAAAUUUUGAAAUUAGAGAUUUUCUAGAAAAACAUGGAAAUUAGUUUCAAAAAUGUAAAAAAAAAAAAUUACUUUUGAAAUCCUAAGAAUUUUUUUAAAUUAAAAUUUGUUGACUUGAAA